UCCAACCAUUUGACUAGUUCCAUACUCCACCUAGUAAUUCGGCAGCGAGAAGGAAACUUUUGCCGACUUUAUUGUAUUGAGUAACAGAGUAGCUGAGAUGUCGGCGACGCUAAGCGAUAGGUUGCAGGCUUUUUCGACUAUAAUUUCCCGGAACACACUUCCUCCCUCGUCGUAAACCCUAGCUCGGAGUGACACCUCUCGGAGCUCCCCUCCUCCUCGGCGGCGGCGGCGGCGGCGGCGAUGAGCGGCGCAGGAUCGCCGGACUUCUUCUACCGCGAGGCCCAGCGUCUCGGCUACGUCGCCCGCUCCGCCUUCAAGCUUCUACAGAUUCAGAAGCAGUUCAAGUUGAUAACACCAGGGUCCUCCGUUCUCGACCUCGGUUGCGCUCCUGGAGCUUGGCUUCAGGUGGCGUGCCAAAACUUGGGUCCUAUCGAGAAGGGCGGGUCGGUUGUGGGUGUUGAUGUGAAGAGGGUGAAGGUUCCUUCUGCUCACUGCGACUCGAGAGUGAGAACUGUGUGUGCCGAUGUGAUGAGUCUACUGAAGGGGCAAGCGAGGGCGUUGUCUCCUCAGGAAAGGGGCUUCUCUGUGAUACUAUCAGAUAUGUGUCCUGCAGUUUCAGGAAUCACAACAAAAGAUGCUGCUUUAUCGUGUGAAUUAGGGAUGCGAGCAAUCUCAUUGGCUGUCGGAAAACUAAAUACUCCCAAUUUAUCAGAUAACACUGUGGUAGAGAAGUUUCUAAGUAUCACGGAUCCUGAUCCAGACGAGGAUGGUGUUCUCCGACGCGGGGGAAACCUUGUGAUCAAGUUUCUAGAGAACGAGGAUGUGCAAGGAUUUGGUAAACUUUGCAAAUUGAAGUUCAAGAAUGUAUCAUGGUUGAGGCCGAAGGCGACGAGAUCGUGCUCGAAAGAGAUUUAUCUGAUAUGCCAAGGUUUGCGGUAGAACCAAUUACUGUGAUUUAUUUAGAAAAUUUUGUUGUUUUAAGAUAAGAUAACUAGGAGUUCUCUACCAAAUGCACAAGUUCUGAUGGCCCUCGUAAGCAUCAAUUGAGCUUGAUAUCCCAGUGUUAUUUA